GAACGAGAGAGAGAGAGAGAGGAGGACACGUUGAAAACUUUUGAAAGCGUUCUCGCUUUUAGUGGGAGAGGUGGAAUCGAGUUCACCCGCUUAGAGAACUGGGGCCCGUUGUCGCAAAAGUGUUAUGAUUAAACGCAUGUCAACAAAUCAAGCGCAAGUCUCUUAUUUCAUUGGUUGAAAAUCUAGUUGUGUAUGGCUUGUUGAGUUGCGAUUGAUCGUAACUCAUCCUGCAACAAGCUUCAUGUGUGGAACGCAGUCACACCGUAGAAGCCAAGACCGAUCAAUAUGUAUUACAUUAUUACCAAUGACAUAUCAGCGAUUUGGAGUGGGUCAAUGUGACAGUACCAUCAGAGUCAUUGUUAUUCUAGCUAGGCUGUAAUUUUAUUCGAAUAUUGUACAUGCUCUGAAUUGCCUCCGACAACGCCUCUCUAUAUCACAUGUUAUAAGAUAACUUGCAUGACUAGUGAUAGACGCAAUAGAAAUUGACUUUAACUCAUCCAAAUACUGAUAUUAAUAUCAUCGCAUUCAACGAUCCAAUGAGACGGAUCAGGGCAAGCCUGGUUAAUCAACGAGAAUGACUUUGUAUAUGAGCAUGAUGUCGUUGGCGACAUGGAUAUCGGUAUUUGUUAUGUCUUCUUCGGUCGUGUAUGGAUGCUUCCCAAUGGAUACUGGCUCAACAUCGUAUCCUAACCUUUCCGACGAUGAAGGCGAUUUAGGAGAGGUGUGGCAGGGGUCUGUUGAUUUUAUUGAUUACUGGUGCGGGAUACCUGAAACAUCAUACCACGUUGAUAGUCAAGACACUAAGCGACGUCAGCUACGGGAUAUUUCUGAGGACAUCGACAUCAAUAAUUACAGACUUGAUCACUCGAUCGUUCUCUUUCGCAGCAAGAGCUUUGAGUUUGGACCAGGUAUCGACCUCGUCUAUGAUCGAGGAGGUGUUGGAAGAAAUGCUGAGGGGUGUCCUGUAUCCUGGACGCGCUUUGGGCAGAGCAAAUGCACCCUGAAGGAAGCAGAAGAGAUGGCUGCAGAACACCAGGCGCAGUAUGGCUACCACCUCCUGUGGAAUAACUGCCACCAUUUCGCAGAAUGGUUCCUUCGUAAAUUAGUGACCAAUCAAUGUUCACCCGCCCCGGAAUAUACAAAUAAGGAUGAUGGUAUUGGGAAGAUAAUGAAAGAGGAAGGGAGUGUGGAAAGUUUUCAAGUAGAGGAAGAUAUUAAGGAAGACGAGAGCGAAGUAACAGAUGGAAAUGAGAAUUAAAGUAAAUAAAUGCGAUUUUUUAUCAUUAAAUUAAGUUUAUUGCUAUCCUAAAUCAUAGAAAAUUGAUUGUUGAAAAAAAUAGUUAAUCACUAUUAUAUUAUAUGAUAGAAAUGUAGCUUAAUGUGAACCCCCCCCCCCCAAAAAAAAACAGUUUUCAUGACGUCUGGUUCAACGUGCAACAGAGGAGGGGAUUAUUGUUAAUAUGUGAAUCGUAGAAAGAAAUACAUAUAUAUGCCAUUGAGCAUUGAGGGGGUUAACAGAUAGAUGAUGUUUCUUACCACCCGGGGGUGGUGGGGGCGUUUCAUCAAACAUUGUUGUUAGUAGGUGGUUUUCUCCGAGAGCUUCGUGAGACGCAAUUUCUGUCUCUGCGCUGACUAAAUUGUCAGAGCUGACAAUUAUCGCGCUACAAUAUUAAUGAAACAGCCCCCCGAAGUGCAGUCAAUAUAGGGGCUCAUAAACUGCUAUCAGCACUCUAUUUUUGUAAGUGUUGCAGGUUUGUUCAUGCGAUAUGGUUAUUGAAGAAAUUAAUUAUUACGUGCCAGGGUAGAUGAAAUGUGUAUCGAGUGGUGGCACCAGGAUUUUCAGGGGGGGGGGGGGAUGAAACGAGACAAAAGAAAAGGCUGGGUAGGAAGGGCAAGGGCGGAUACUCAAAUUUACAAUGUAAGUCAUAAUUUUCACUUUUUUUUGGAGGGGGUUGGGGCAUAUCCCUCUGCCAUCCAAAUUGUUGCCACCUCUGAUUGUUUCUGAUAAUGGCUUAAACCUCUGGCGUAGUUUCAGGACUUCAAAACCGAAUAAUGGGUACUCACUCAAAGUUUAUAUAAUCAGGGUAGUGAAAGUUUAGAACCCCCACUCCCUCUUCCCUGGUAUAAUAAUGUGAACGGAAAGAAUGUAUUAAGUAUUUCGGAGCCGUAUUCAUGAAGUACGGAAAGCACUACAUAUUUUUCCUCUUUUUAUAAAGAAUAUUUCCUGAGCAAACAAGUGAAAGGAUAUGGGAGAAUAAUAAAUAUACCACUCAAACGUC